AUGAAUUGCACAUAACAUAUUCAAAAUCAAGUGUCAUUCAUUUGCAUAGCUCCUCACAAUUGUUAAUGUUAAAGAAAAUUGUGUGCUUAAUGCUAAUAUGGACAUGGAGUUGAUUAGAAAUAUACUGUGCCAAUAGAAAUUUUUGAAGAUAUAAGGAAGAAGAAAUUUCAAGGAUCUUACCUCAAUUCAACAUCUGAAUUAACAAUAUAAAGAAUGAAUUUUAAGAAAAUGCUUGCUUCAGCUCUAAAAAUGUUAAAAUAAAUUUGGGAUGAAUUAGCAGAAUCAAUAAAACAGAUAUAUGAUUUGAUUGAGAUGGAAGAUAAAUCUUAUUUGAAUUACUUUAACAACAAUGUGAAUCCAUCUGAAUUAUCCUAUACUUAAUUAGAAAAAUUAGUCUAAAUUAUUAUAGGAAAUGCUUUAGAGGAUUGGAAUAUUGAGAAAAAUUCUUAGCUGAAGAGGUUGGAAAUGAAAAAGAAUUAUUGGGAAAUGGAAAUGAAGGGUUUUUGCUAAAAGCUGAAUAAAGAAAUGAAAGAAAUUAGGUAAAUAAUAUAAAAAACAGAUAAUUCCUUUGAAAACAUUCAAUCAAAUAAGGAAAUAGUGUAAAUUUAUAAUGGAAAGUAAGAUUUGUAUCAGGUAUUAACUUAGACGAAGAAUAUUGAUGGAUACUUCCUUAAUUAAUUAAUUUUGAUGUUGAAAAAAGAGAAAAUUACAAAUUUUUUAGAAUUCUUUUCUGAAAAAAGUCAAGAUUAAACUCUAUUUCAAUUUAUCACUAAUUUGAUGUAUAAUAUUAGCGAAAUAGACUUUAAUAAGGAAAAUUAUUCAACUGAGAACUAUGAAUAAAUUAGAAAGGAUUUGAUUAAACAAAUAUCUUAUGAUUAGCACAUUAGUGAAUUUUUGAAAUUCUUAGUACACCUUACAGCUAUUGAUAAGAGAUUUCUCUAAUGUGGAUCUAAUUCACUCCAUUUAUUAGUUGAAAUGAAGGUGGAUUUGAGGAAAUAAAACUUUGAAAAUAUUAGGAUAAGAGACACUUCUAUAGUAGGUGGAAAUUUUGUGAGAUGCAAUUUCAAUGGAUCAGAAUUUGAUAACGUUGAUAUUAGUGGUGUGAACUUAAAUUAAGCGUCCUUGUUUAAUUGUAAAUGGAAGAAUAUCAAAAUACAUGAGUUAAAUAAAUUAAAUGGUCAUUCGGGAACUAUUAAUACACUUUGUUUUUCUCCUGAUGGAACUACAUUAGCAUCUGGUAGUGAUGAUAUCUCUAUUCGUCUAUGGGAUGUUAAAACAGGAUAAUAAAUAGCCAAAAUAGAUGGUCAUUCACAUUAUGUCAUGUCAGUCAAUUUCUCUCCUGAUGGUACUACAUUAGCAUCUGGUAGUGAGGAUAACUCUAUCCGUUUAUGGAAUGUUAAGACAGGAUAAUUAAAAGCCAAAUUAGAUGGUCACUCAUCAACUGUUUAUUCAGUCAAUUUCUCUCCUGAUGGUACUACAUUAGCAUCUGGUAGCAGAGAUAAGUCUAUCCGUUUAUGGGAUGUUAAGACAGGAUAAUAAAAAGACAAAUUAGAUGGUCAUUUAAAUUGGGUAUAUUCAGUCAUUUUCUCUCCUGAUGGUACUACAUUAGCAUCUGGCAGUGUAGAUAACUCUAUCCGUUUAUGGGAUGUUAAGACUGGUUAAUAAAGAGACAAAUUAGAUGGCCAUUCAAAUUGGGUAUAUUCAGUUAUUUUCUCCCUUGAUGGUACUACAUUAGCAUCUGGUGGUAGAGAUAACUCUAUCUGUUUAUGGGAUGUUAAGACUGGGUAAUAAAGAGCCAAAUUAGAUGGUCAUCUAGGUUAUGUUUAUUCAAUUAAUUUCUCUCCUGAUGGUACUACAUUAGCAUCUGGUAGUGUAGAUAGUUCUAUCCGGUUAUGGGAUGUUAAGACUGGGUAAUUAAAAGAUCAGUCAAUUUCUCUCCUGAUGGUACGAUAUUAGCAUCUUGGUAGCGUUGAUAAUUCUAUCCGUUUGUGGGAUGGUUAAACAGGAUAAUAAAAUUCUAAAUUAUAUGGUCAUUUAAGUUGUGUAAAUUAAAUUUGUUUCUCUCCUGAUGGUACUACAUUAGCAUCGGGUAGUUCAGAUAACUCUAUACGUUUAUGGAAUGUUAAAACAGGAGAAUAGAAAGCCAAGUUAGAAGGUCAUUCAAGUGAUGUUUAUUCGGUCAAUUUCUCACCUGAUGGUACUAUGUUAGCAUCCGGUAGCGCAGAUAACUCUAUUCGUUUGUGGGAUGCUAAGACAGGAUAAUAAAUAGCCAAAAUAUAUGGUCAUUCAAAUGGAAUUAUAUCAGUCAAUUUCUCCCCUGAUAGUAAUAAAAUAACAUCUGGUAGUGUAGAUAAAUCUGUCCGUUUAUGGGAUGUUAAGACAGGAUAAUAAUAUGUCAAACUAGAUGGUCAUUUAUCAAUUGUUACUUCAGUCAAUUUCUCUCCUGAUGGUACUACAUUAGCAUCUGGUAGUAGAGAUAGCUCUAUCCGUUUUUGGGAUGUUUAGACAGGACAAUAAAAAGCUAAAUUAGAUGGUCAUUCAGGUUAUAUUUAUUCAGUCAAUUUCUCCCCUGAUGGUACUACAUUAGCAUCUGGUAGUGUUGAUAACUCCAUCCGUUUUUGGGAUGUUUAGACAGGAUAAUAAAAAGCUAAAUUAGAUGGUCAUACAGGUUAUGUUUAUUCAGUCAAUUUCUCCCCUGAUGGCACUACAUUAGCAUCUGGUGGUUCAGAUAACUCUAUACGUUUAUGGGAUGUUAAGACAAGAUAAUAAAUAGCAAAAUUCGAUGGUCAUUCCCAUUAUGUUAAAUCAGUCUGUUUCUCUCCUGAUAGUACUACAUUAGCAUCAGCCAGUAGAGAUAACUCUAUUCGUCUUUGGGACGUUAAAACUGCAAAGGAGAUUUUACUUCAAGAUAACUUUUACAAAGACCUACAUUCAUAGUUUUAAAUGCCACAUUAAAGUUCAUCCUUUUUAUUAACUACUCGUAUUGAUGGUACAAUACUUAGAAUAUGUUAAAAUCCAAUUUUGGAAGCUUUAGGAACUUUAAUCUUGAAAGGAGAAUUAGUAAAUUAUUAAGGCCGGAAUCUAAAAUCAUUAUUCUAAUCUAAAGGGAGUUUCAUUUUUGAAAACAAUAUUGAAUUAAAAUAAAAGAAUCCUGAAAAAUGUGUAUUAUACUGA